UCCGGGCAGCCGGCGGGGGCGGUUUCAUGGCAGCUGCGGUGCCCGGCGCCCCCGCCCCUCUUCAUGUGGUGACUGGGGGAGAGAAGGCCGGGCCCGCGGGGUUCGGUCCCCCGCCCCCCUGAGGAGGAGGCUGGGGAGCCACUAUGGCAGCGCCGCACAGAUGAAACUCUGACUUUCCUGAAGGGUGUUCUUGUGGAUUUUGCGAAUGAACAUCCCUGAUACCCUCAGCCUUCCUGAGAUGGCAAGUCCGGCAGUCAGCCCAGACUCUUCCUCCCACGAGGCUCUUUCUUCUGUCAACUCUGCGCCUGCGUGCUCCCCCACCUCAGAUUCAGAGAACCUAAGCCCAGAUGAGCUGGAGCUGUUGGCAAAGCUGGAGGAGCAGAACAGGCUGCUGGAAGCAGAUUCCAAGUCCAUGCGCUCCAUGAAUGGCUCCCGCAGGAACAGCGGUUCCUCCUUAGUCUCCAGCUCCUCAGCCUCCUCAAACCUGAGCCACCUCGAAGAGGACACCUGGAUCCUAUGGGGGAGGAUUGUCAAUGAAUGGGACGAAUGGCGGAAGAAGAAAGAGAAACUGCUGAAGGAGCUCAUACGGAAAGGAAUCCCACACCACUUUCGAGCCAUCGUAUGGCAGCUGCUGUGCAGUGCCACAGAUAUGCCUGUCAAGAACCAGUAUUCAGAGCUGCUGAAGAUGUCUUCCCCCUGCGAGAAGUUGAUCCGGAGGGAUAUAGCCCGCACAUAUCCUGAGCAUGAGUUCUUCAAGGGACAGGACAGCCUAGGCCAAGAGGUCCUUUUCAACGUCAUGAAAGCCUAUUCCCUAGUGGACCGUGAGGUUGGAUAUUGUCAGGGCAGCGCAUUCAUCGUCGGAUUGCUGCUAAUGCAGAUGCCUGAAGAAGAGGCUUUCUGUGUAUUUGUGCGACUGAUGCAGGAAUAUCGAUUACGAGAGCUAUUCAAACCCAGCAUGGCUGAGCUGGGCCUCUGCAUCUACCAGUUUGAGUACAUGCUGCAGGAGCAGCUGCCUGAGCUGAACAUCCACUUUCGCUCCCAGAGUUUCCUCACCUCCAUGUACUCAUCAUCCUGGUUUCUCACCCUCUUCCUCACGACCUUCCCUUUGCCUGUUGCCACCCGAGUGUUUGACAUCUUCAUGUAUGAGGGGCUGGAGAUCGUCUUCCGUGUGGGGAUGGCCCUCCUGCAGUUCAACCAGGCAGAGCUGAUGCAGCUGGAUAUGGAGGGGAUGUCGCAGUAUUUCCAGAAGGUGAUUCCUCAUCAGUUCGACAGUUGCCCGGACAAGUUGAUCCUGAAGGCAUAUCAGGUCAAGUACAACCCUAAGAAAAUGAAGAGGCUGGAGAAGGAGUAUGCUGCAAUCAAAAACAAAGAGAUGGAGGAGCAGAUUGAGAUCAAAAGGCUCCGGACUGAGAACCGCCUCUUGAAACAGCGGAUUGAGACCCUGGAGAAGGAGAGCGCUGCCUUGGCAGAUAGACUGAUCCAGGGCCAAGUCACCCGCGCACAGGAGGCCGAAGAGAAUUACAUCAUCAAGCGAGAGUUGGCAGUGGUGAAGCAGCAGUGCAGCUCAGCCACGGAGAACCUGCAGAAGGCCCAGAGCACCAUCCGACAGCUGCAGGACCAACAGGGAAACCCCCGGUUCACAGAGGAGUUUGUGAAUCACCUGGAAACAGAGCUGGAGCAGUCACGUCUGAGGGAGACAGAGACACUGGGCGCACUCAAGGAGAUGCAAGACAAAGUGCUGGACAUGGAAAAGAAGAACAGCUCGCUGCCCGAUGAGAACAACGUGGCCCGUUUGCAGGAGGAGCUCAAGGCAUUGAAGGUACGCGAGGUGGCGGCGCUGAGCUCACUCAAGGACCUACAGCUGCAGGUGAAGGAUCUCAACGACAGCUGGCAGGCUCAUCUGUCACGGACAGGCGGGCGCUGGAAGGAGUCCCCCCGCAAGAACACCAUGAACGACCUCCAGGACGAGCUGAUGACCAUUCGCCUGCGGGAGGCCCAGGCCCAGGCCGACCUCCGUGAGCUGCGGCAGAGACUGGUGGAGCUUGAAACCCAGGAUCAGAUUCACAGUAAUCUGCUGAACCGGACGGAGCAGGAGUGCCUAGGGCUGCAGGAGAAGCUGCAAUACCUCACUGCCCAGAACAAAGGGCUGCAGACGCAGCUGAGCGAGACCAAGCGCAAGCAUGCGGAGUCCGAGUGCAAGAGCAAAGAGGAGGUGAUGGCCGUGCGGCUGCGGGAGGCCGACAGCAUGGCAGCUGUGGCAGAGAUGCGGCAGCGGAUCGCUGAGCUAGAGAUCCAGUCUCCUUUGGACCAAGCUUGGUUCUCUCCCCACUUCCCACAGAGGGAAGAAGGGAUGAUCCAGGGCCAGCUGAACAACUCGGACUCCUCCCAGUACAUCCGGGAGCUCAAGGACCAGAUUGAUGAGCUCAAGGCUGAGAUCCGGCUGAUGAAGGGCCAGAAGCCCUUUGAGGACUCCAUGGGCUUUGAUGGCAUCCACAUUGUGAGCCACCUGGCGGUGGACGAGGACUCACUGCACUCCUCAGAUGAGGAGCUGCUGACCAACCCCAUGGUGGUGGGUGCGCUGCAGGAUGUGUUGUACCCGCUCUCACCCUGCAGUGCCCGCUUCCUGCGGGGCAUGAAGAGCUCUGGCAAGGAGAGCGAUGGCUCCACAGACAGUGAGCCCGAGGACCCCACCUCCACCGCGGAGGCCGACAGCGAGAUGGAGCCGCAGAUCAUCUUCGGAGAGACCCUCAGCAAGUGAGAGGAGAUGCCGAUGCCAGGGGGACCCCCCAUCCACCAAACAGGCACUGAGUGCACAGCCCGGAGAGAAGAGACUCCUCUCCUUGGCGCUCUUGGUGAUCCCUGUUGAAGGAAUUUCCAAUAAAGCGCUGCCUGCGGUGCUCCCACCUUGGCUAGCAGCAUCGUUCUUGGCAGCAGUGCCCAUCUAGUAUCAUUUCUGUGGAAGAGCCAGCCAGGCCGACCACCACAGCCCUUCAUCCAAAGAGCUUUGCUUGCAGUCAGCAAGCCAGCUCCUCAGCUGUUGCAAAUCCCCAGGUCAGGGAGAUCAUAGACCCAACACGAUGGCUGGGCUCAGAGAGCAUUGCACGUCUGCUGCCAUGCAGGGACGGCUCUCCAGCCAGCCUGUGUUAUACAGAGCCUCUACUUUGAUUGUUAUCUGCACUGCCUUUCUCCUGCUCUGUCAUCACCAGUAGUUACACUCCGACUCCAUUGACUCCUCAUUCGCCCCACCCCGCCCCAAUGCCUCCUUCUUGUGUUGCCCUCCCCCAAAAGUUUGCACACUUGAGAACUCAGCUCAGUGUCAUCAUGAGCAGAGGUGGAAGCAGCUAGGCCACUGGAUAUCCGGGCCCAAUGACCAUCCACCGAGUCUGAGCACCUGUGGGCAACUGGCCAACAAACCAUUCCCUCCCCUCCACACUCAGAGGGCGGGAAGUUGAGUCCUUCUUCCUUUUAUUUAAAUAUGUGUCCCCGAUGAUCCCGAGAGCAUCUGUUCGGAGAGGGGAGAAUUGGAGGCCUUCAUAUCCCUAUUCCCAAGGGAGCUCUCCCCAGGAUGGGAAGGGCCCGGUGCGGGGGAUUGUGGAUCGAGGAGCCUGCUUGGUUACAUGAGAGAUUAUAUUUUAUUUUUGUUCUCCAGAUGUUAUUUAUUUAAACUGUUACGAUGCCAACUGGGCUCCCCUCGGGGAGCUCCACACUAAGCUUUAAGUUCUAGGAAAUUAUACUGACGUGUCCUAAGGGAAUCUGUGGGAGCAGCGUUCUGCCCUGCUGCCUUCCUGUCCUCCAUCCGUAAUGGAGCUGCACCAGUCUCCUGCACCAUUACGUUCUCCAGAAGGUGUUGUAACUGUUGCCUUUCUCUUCUGCUCCAUAUGGCAAACUGUAGGGUUUCCAACCUCCCUGUCUGGAGAGGGCUAUGUGGAAACAAAUCCCCUAGGAGAACCUUUCUUACUCUACCCAGAAAGCCACCAGAAACCUUGUGUCCUGGCCAAGAUCUGUCUGGUGCACAGCAAAGGUGCCUGGUAAACAGGAGCAGUUUGGGGAGGAGCAUAGAGAAAAGUCCCCAGCUGGGAAUCAUCUGGAGGACAUUUGUUUCUAUGCAUGAUGGGGCUUGACCUCCUUCAGCCAGCCUGGCCUGUGUUCCUCUGAACUGGCUCUCCCAGCUCUGCAACUGGCACAAUGUUUCCAUAGCACUGUGAGAUGUCCGCAGUCUGCCAGAGCUGUAGGAGAUUUGGAACGAAGGAUGAAGGGCAUGCACAGCUCAGCAAGCCCUAGUCAGAUGACGGAAAUGCCCACUCCUUGGAGUAGCCCUUAGUGGAGAGCUCAGCUCCUAAUCGAAACCCAAGCUACUUAUCUCCAAAUGGGCCACCCUGGGCCAGAAUUGCUGAACCAUUCACCACUUCGAAGCCUGCCCUGGUGAUCAGGCGGCAGGUGAAGCAGCUUCCUUGGGAUGGAGCCAGUCUGCAAACGUGAUCCCUGUUGAAGGAAUUUUCCAAUAAAGCGCUGCCUGCAGUGCUCCCACCUUGGCUAGCAGCAUCGUUCUUGGCAGCAGUGCCCAUCUAGUAUCAUUUCUGUGGAAGAGCCAGCCAGGCCGACCACCACAGCCCUUCACCCAAAGAGCUUUGCUUGCAGUCAGCAAGCCAGCUCCUCAGCUGGUGCAAAUCCCCAGAGCUCUGCUGCAGUAAAUGGCACUACAAUGACCUACACCAGCACAGGAGCUAGUCUCUUUUGUCUACAGCUCUGACUCCUAAUUUCCACUACAAAACAGUCCAGAUUGCACUUCCAUUUGUUUGUGACAGAGUCCGAGUAUUGCAUCACUUCCUGCUUUGGGGCUUUACAUCACUUCCUGGUGGUGGUGAGAUGCCAUGGAGCUGCAAGCACCUGAAGCUGUAGUGUUGGUUCAUUUCCACCCCCUCUGUGCAGCAGCAACACAGCUCCAUUCUAGCACCCCUUCGGGGAGCACAGAUGGAAAAUGAAAGGCGAGAUCUCCAGGACUGGCUGCUCCCAGCAGGGAUGGAAGAUCUCACGUGGGUGGGAUGAAGGCUGAAUUUCCCAGGCACCUGGAUGGCAAACGAAGGCAGUGGGGCUCAGGACCAGAGUUCACGUAGUGCUGAGACAAGGCGAGAGGGCCCUUUUGGGGCCAUUGUCAUGUCUCUGGGAGAGACUGAUGCUGCUAGGCACCAAUGGCUGCUUUAAAACCUUGAGCGCAUGGGAUGCUUUUUGCCUGUUGGCUGUUCUGUUUAUGAAGAGCACCGGCCAUCUAGAGCGACCUGUGCACAGACCUGCUCAGGCAGAGAGAAGAACGAUGCAGGGGGUGUAGAGCUGGCUGGAUCCAUCAGUCCCUGCAGAGAUUAUCUGGCUUGCUCUCUUAUGAACUUGAGUUUUAUUUCCUCUAGCCCUUUCUUUCUUUCCAUCCUGCCCCUGCUUUACACCCUCCUUGUAUUUCCCUUCUUCUCUCUGAAUUCAGUAAAAUUGGACAUCCAGCAGCUGAGGAAAACCCAUUCCCAUGGAUGGCUUUGCCUGAUUUCCUCUCCGGCCGAUUGCAACCGUCACUUUCAAUGGACUACACCUCCAGCCCUCCCCCGCCAACAGGUAUUUCCAGAGCUUUCCCCUUCCCUGCUGGUGUAUUAAGUUCACUGGGUCUGUUUCCAAAGGAGGGAUGCCUUGGACCUCCCAGCUUGGCAGAACCUUCCCCCAUAUCCUAAACCUUCCCCUUCUGAAAUGGAAAACAACAGCCCCAGUGGACCUGAAUGCUUGGAUUGAGCCCCUCACCGUUCCACCACGUCACUGAACUGGAGUAUUGUGUAUACUUAUAUAAAUAUGCCUGGGAGAGGCUUUGGUUGGGUAUUUAUAAUCUGUAUAUUUUAAUAUAUAUAUAUUAUAUAUAUAUGUGCUCACUGUAUUGCCAAAUCCUUGUGAUACCCCUUUCCUCCCAGAGAACAGCAGCAUUCCACACGAGCUGAGGGUGAUUCACAUGCAGGCCUUUCUCUGCCAUCGCCUUUAGCUCCCGAUGCCAUUUUCCUGUGCUGGGGGCCUUGAUUGCAACAGAAAAUGGCUGAGGAAUCCAUUUGCUGGUUAUGGAGCUGGUCAUGCGCACCGCCUUGUUGUUUUAUUUAUUCUGUAUAGCGCCAGCCGAGGACUAGCAGCUUCACAGAGCGGCCUGAAGGCACGAGUCCUUCUGGAAUAAGGGAUUGAUUUGGAGCUCCUUCCGCCAUUGAUUUCAGUGGAGUUGCUUCAGAUUAACGCUGGGAUAACAGAUCAUAGGGCCAAGUCCUUCCUGUUCUCAGUGUUUACCUGGGCCUUACCCAGUCAAGUGGCUGAGAUCUUUGCCUAAGGAAAGGCUUUGACAUUUGGCUCCUGUUAAAGGACUCUGCAGUACUGUUCCUAAGUACUGCAGCUGGGAGCAGUGCUGGGGCCGCCGCUGGAGGACACCAUGCUACAUCUACUACUAAGAGCAGUGUGUCUGCACCAGAUCCAUAGCUAGUGCAAAACAGCAUAACCCCAUUGACCACAGUGCACAUACGCUGAUUUACACCAGCCAGGGAUUUAGCCCGUUGGCUCCAGCAGAGUGACACUAAUUUCCCCCAGCUGGAGAUCUGGCCCUCAGUACUUAGGCAAAACAUGACUUUGAAAUCAGUGGGAGCUUUCUGGAGUACGUCCUGAGUAAACUGAGUAAAUCCUUCCCGGCCUCUGGCUUUGGCUCUUUGACUUCGCUGGGAAUUUUGCUUUAGUCAGGAUCAGGCCCUUAUUUUCACACCCUUUCUGAGACAACGAUCCCCUCAGGCAGGUUUAUCACGUUCCAGCAGAGACUUCACAUGUCGCACCUUGCGAUUGGGCGUGACCCUGCUGUAGGGAGCAGACACUAGCCCUGCUGGGCUGGAAUCCUGUCCCUACAUGGACCCACACAGUGGUUUCGGUGGGAUCACGCUGGAGUCAGUAAUGGCAGAAUCUGGGGUGCAGGACGAGUGGGCCCCAGAUGCUCCCUUUCUUCCUGCAUGCCCACGUCCACAGCUGCACACUGAGCAGCAAGGUGUUCGGGACCUGCCACCUGGCCACCCCCACCCCCCAUAAGGAAUCAGCUCUCAGGGAGACCCAGACCCUCCCUAGGACAGCAUCCCAACCACAGAGGUGCUGGGCCAUGAGGAAGCGGGGGACAGGUAACAUCAUUCCCCCUGGACACCACCCCAGGAGAUGGCAUGAGCUGACUGCCAGUUUAGCACUCCUUCUUCUUGCUCAGCUGGCAGGGGAGGGGCUCUUCGAUAGGGCGCUGCCUGCAGCCCACAGGAGGUCCCUGGUUCAAGUCAGCAUUGCAGCAACCUGCAUGAACAGAGUGCCAGAUUCCGCCAUUGCAAUGCCACUGAAGUGGGUCGGACUGCGUGGGUGUAACCACAGGCUGGACUCCAGCCUAGCAGAGUCUGCUGCCUACAGCAGGCCACUGGGUUACUCCUUGACAGCACUGCCCCCGGGCCUGGACCUGGAGAAGAACUGCAAGGCGUGGCUGGCCACCCCCAUUGCUGUUGGUCAGAUGGCGUGGGAGCAUGGACUUACAAAU